CCGGCAGUGACAGCCCAGAUCUUCAGUCACUUACCUGGGGGAGGCAGAGCAGAUGGAGUAUAUGCUGCUGGGUAUGCAGAGAUAGGGUGUACUGUGGCCGGAGAGAGAAAGGAUCUCACCUGCUGCUGCUGGCUGCUAAUAAAUGCCCAUAUCUGCUAACUGCAUCUGAGCAGCUUCUUGAACUGAACUUUCAGCAUACUCCACACACAGGCUGUGACUGGCUUGUGCAGGAGCUGUGUGACCUGCCCUAGGCUGGGAGCUGGCUGCACCAAGGAUUCAUGAGUAACUUUCCUGAUACUGCAGUUCCUCCCAGGCACCCAACCCCUGACCUCCUAUCACUGCACAGCCCCAUCCUGUACGGCUAAACAAUCGUAGAGAACCCUGACUAGUGCUGAGGGUGUACAGUUAAGGGAGAGCGAGGGGAGGACCUUAACCUGUUCAGUGGAAGAUUCGCUGCAGAGACAGAUGAUCAAGGAGUCAGACGGACUGUGCUAGGGAGGGCGAUCGCUCCAAUUGCACCCCAUACCCCCCGCCCCCCUCUCUGGAUUCACCACUGGUAUAUAGUGUCUACCACAGGACUUGGAGAACCAGAAGAAAGCUAUCCAGCCAUCAAUCCAUCUGGAAGCAUCUGAGAUUCACUAGCUACAGUAGAUACCGCUAAUAAGAGUUGGCAACACUGCCUCAGAUCUGAGCCGAGCCAGAGUACAAAGUGUGCGGGGAGGCCAGCGAGAGCCCCCGAUUGCCCCAUGCAUCGCCUGCUACCUUGGGACCCAUCAGGAUGUGCAGCCAUUAGAUCCAUGGAAGCAACUAAUUUCUACUACGACUCCAUUGGCAGUGCGGAGUGCCUGGGAGCCAAAUUGCAGCGCCGGGGGCCCCGCCCGGAGUCAGCUACCAUCGGGGACCACGAGAGAGCCAUAGACUUCAGCCCAUACCUGGAGACAACGGAGUGUGGGGAGUUCCUGUGUGAGCUGGGGGCGCCGCACUACAAGCCGAGCAUGCUGGGGGACCCCAAGGCAGAGCCCGUCCUGCACCCCCUGGACAGUUACCGCGACCUCAACAAGGAGGAGCCCUCUGCGAUGCGGUCCUUCCUCAGCUUCCACGCUGUGCCCUCUGGCAGCAGUGGCAACCUGAGCAGUGCCUCUUCCUGCAGCCCACCCGGCACCCCCAGCCCGGCUUCCCACACCAAGGGUGCCCCCAGCGGCAAGCACAAGAAGUCGCUGGACAAGCACAGUGAUGAGUACAAGGUGCGCCGGGAGCGCAACAACAUCGCAGUGAGGAAGAGCCGGGACAAGGCCAAGAUCCGCAACAUGGAGACGCAGCACAAGGUUCUGGAGCUGACGGCAGAGAAUGAGCGGCUGCAGAAGCGGGUAGAGCAGUUGUCCCGGGAGCUGGGAACCCUCCGCAACCUCUUCAAGCAGCUGCCACCUGAGGCCACGGGGAGGUGCUAGGGACACCCGGGAGCACUGUUUGCCCGGCGAGAGCACUGCCACCCACACCACUGGGGGUCUGGCACCAAAUGGGACUUGCAGCACCAGUGCUGGGAAAGGAGAGUACACCUGCAGUGCUGCCGCCUGGUGGCCUGAUGACGGGGCUGCACAAAUCAGGGGAGAGGGAUCCCCCAUGGACAACCACCAGCCCACCAUUUCAAUAAACAACUGGUGAUUGUGCUGAAACAGGGACCUGUCAGGCAGAUACAUAUUGUACAUAGGAGCUGCGCACCUGGCUGGGAGACCCUGCUCAUUCAUGCUAGUGCUGCAGAGACUGCAGCAUCAGGUGCAGCCGGUGCAUAUAUUAUUCUGGUGUGUAGUAACACUGAUAGCCUGGAAAGACUUGUCGUUUAUCCAAGCCAAGGAGGAUUCUGAGGGAUAUUUAUUUUAUUGCCCCAAGAUUGUAUGACCGCUGCUGCAGAACCUCCUUAGAAAUGGGUUGGUUGGAGGGACAAGAUGACACAGGAGCCAGAGUGACAGGGAGGAAGUUUUGCAGCAGUCAUCUGCUUGUCUUGCUGUCUGGAAGGACAAAGGCCAGAUGUGUAACCUUUGUAGGUUGCUACCUGGGCCAGACUGAUGGUACUCUGUGGUGCAGCUGCCAAACCAUGUGUUGCUUUUACCUAGGAACUAGGUGGAAUAUCUUGUUUUUAUAUGUUUUCCACUUGGGACACUUGGAAUAGAAGACUUUAUUGUUCUGCCUGUGGCCUUACUCACAAAAAUUGCCUUAUGCAAAGAAGUUGCUUAAUCACUUUCUGGCAGUCCAUGUGUAAGUGGUGAUUUGGAGAUGAGUGGAUUUCCUGUUGGAGGGGGGGGGCAGGGGGGGGAGGGGCUGUUACAGCUACAUACAGCACUUCUGUAUAGGAUAAUAUUUACUGUAAUUCACCUCAGCCUGUCCUGUGUAUUAACUGAUGUGUCCUGCAGCCUUACAGUUUCGGCAUAUAUAUACCUCCUUCCAAAACCUGAUCCACAUCAAGACGGAGCUCUCCAAAAACAUACAUUCUAACCUAGAAAACUUUUUGCACCCGCUAAAUAUAUAAAUGUAAUAUUUCGAAUUCAUUCAGCAGGUAAUCAUGUCACUCGGAUCAACAUUGGUCACAUUCUGUUGUACCUAUAAAAGUCUAUGAAGUUUUAAUGUUUACACUUAAUCUUGACCCAGCAGCAUGGUACUGAUAUAGCACACAAUGCUUGUUGCAAGAACUGCACUUAAUGUUGACAGGUACAGUUGGAAACCAUUAAUUGGAAUAUUAAUACUGCCCCCUUCCCCCAUGACCUGCACACAGCACUAGAGAUCUGCUUUGGGAAUUCAUAUAGCAGAUCAUGAAAUUGCACAUAAAACAUGCUUAUAUUAAGAUGUCAGCACUUUUAUUUGGGAGUGUAACUUGUUUUAUAGUGCAGAGUGCAGGUUGGCACACAGGAGAUGAGUAACUGGGCAUUUGCGAAAUCUUCAUUGCAGACUAGGGAAAUUAUGCAAGAACUAGAAUAAAUUGAGGACAUUCCCAUGGGUCUAUGCAACUUGUAUGGCACAUAUUUCUUAUGCAAAUCCUAUGUAGUGUGUGGUUCUCUUGCAACAUCAAAUGUACACGAGAAGUCUGAUACACAGAUAAAAGUGCAGCAUCUCCCUCCUGUCUCUAAUAACAUCUGUCCUUACAGCCUGGUGCUAUUAUACUGGCACUGUGCCUCUGCCUUUAAACCUUUGUUAAUGUAAUUUGUUUUAAUUUUAACCUUGAAGGUUAAGUGUUAUAGUGUGAGCACUCUUUUCUACCCACAGUGAUGCAAUAGUUUAAAACAUGUCUGGGGCAGAUGUUUUUACACCUGAUGCAAUCUGCUGUAACCCAGCCAUGGACUGUGUAAUCUGUUAAAGAUAUUAAUUGUUUUUAUAUUAUAAAGAUUUAUAAAAAAUAAAAUGAUUUCAAUAUGAAA